ACAAAGGGAAAAAUAGGUUUUUUUUUUCUUUCACGUAGGGUUCGGCUCCUGGUUUAUCCAUCCCAUGCCGGCUCGCGUCAAUUGAAAACUAAAGGCGGGGAAUUGUGAGGGGCGAGAGGGAGAUGCAAAGGGAUCGCAGAGCAGGAGGGGUGAGCGGAUCCAAGGUUGAGAUUGGAUCCCUCGAACGGAAGCGGAUCAACGAUGUGCUCCACAAGCAACAUGACAAGUCGUCGCCGGUGAUCUCCCGGGUGCUCAACGGCAAGGCGAAGGAGUAUUUGAAUGUGCCUUCCGCCUCCUCCGGGAAGCAGUCCGGCCGCUUCGUCGCUGCUGUCUCCAAUAACAAGUGCUCGGAUGAGGAACCUGAAACAGUUUGUGAAGAGUCAGAUGUUAGUGGUUCUGAUAUAGAUGAAACUUCAUGGAUUUCAUGGUUCUGUAGCUUGAAAGGAAAUGAGUUCUUUUGUGAAGUUGAUGAUGAGUACAUACAAGAUGAUUUCAACCUGUGUGGGUUAAGCAGCCAAGUUCCUUACUAUGAUUAUGCUCUUGAUCUGAUUCUGGAUGUUGAAACCUCUCAUGGAGAUAUGUUUACAGAGGAGCAGAAUGAGUUGGUUGAAUCUGCAGCUGAGAUGCUUUAUGGCCUGAUCCAUGCUCGGUACAUACUGACCAACAAAGGGAUGGCUGCAAUGCUUGACAAGUACAAGAACUAUGACUUUGGAAGAUGCCCCAGAGUCUACUGCUGUGGACAACCCUGCCUUCCUGUUGGUCAGUCAGACAUUUCUAGAUCCAGUGCUGUGAAAAUCUACUGCCCCAAGUGUGAAGAUGUCUAUUACCCAAGGUCCAGGCACCAAGGCAACAUCGAUGGAGCUUAUUUCGGCACAACAUUUCCUCAUCUGUUUUUGAUGACAUACCCGCACCUGAAGCCCCAUAAGGCCUCCCAACGGUACACUCCCAGAGUAUUUGGCUUCAAACUCCACAAACCUUGAUGUGGGACUAAAAACGAUUGCAGAUUAUGUGAAAGCCAAUCUCUUGAGACUUUCCUUUUCCCGCUUUAUAGAAAGCAAUCGACGCAAGUCAUGCAAUUUGAUGGCCAUUGUUCAACGAAUUUGAAUUUGUGAGAAUUUUGUUGGUGAUGAGAUCUGGCCUAAUUUAUGAAGUCAAUUGUUUCUUGUUAUGUAGCUACAGCCAAGCCAAAGAGCAUGUGUAACCAACCUUACUAUAUUUGAUUAUUUCUUCAUGAGCUUCAUCCAAACUAAUGUGGCAGAUUGUUUGUUAGUUCUACUAGUUAUUUUUGGUCAUUUGAUCAUUGUUGUGAAGUAAAGAUCAAGAGUUCUAAGCU